AUGUCUGCAACUAUCAGCAGCGCUCGAGGUGCCUCCCUGAGCGAGACCACUAUCCACCCAUCCUACCUUCAUACCCCUCUCGCUGACUUUGACACAAGUUCCACGCCUCUACCUCUAGACUUGGAUUUGGCCAAUGUUUCCCCUUGCCCACUCGAGAAUUGUCCCCUCGAAGGAUGCAGUCAUACCCUCUCAUGGCAGCUCGAUCCAUCACUUUCUCUACCCGUCGAGAUGCGACAGGAUCGAUUUGCGAACGCCGUUCUGUGUCGACCUCGUAUGAUACCUGAUGGCCAACUCGGGAUCUACAUCGACGAGUCUUUCGAGUUUCAAGCGGGUAUCGAUGACAUUUUUGCGAGGCUGGAAGAAGUUAAGGAGUUGGAAGCGAAGCAUCCAGAGCAGUCGAAUAAUGAAGGCGAAGAGGUAGAACCAACCGCUGUCGCUAUCUUGGCAUCGAGCCAAAAUACCGUCCAGAAUGAACCUCUCAUUUGCUGCGAUAUCCCGGAGCAAACUCGUCAAGAGCACAUGUAUGGAACCACAUCGCAGCCUCUGCCCCUUACUUCCAUGACACCCCUUGGCAUCGAACUCGCAGCCGCCCAUUCGCUUCGUUUGGGAUCAUGGCUCGCAAGUUCGCAACCAGAGGUACAUGCCGAGAUGGAAGUCAAGCUGGCACAAGAGACCGCUGAGACCGUCUUGAACGAUGAGAUAACGGCUAGCACUGCAAGGAACCGGCCUACCCAAGAGUCCUCCCCACCGUCAAGUCCGUCGCCCGCAAGGGGCCAACGGAUCGACUCUUCCAGGUCGGACCAAGGUCCCACUCGCCCCAUCUCUAUUCCCUCAGCGGCUCAGGUAUUCGAUGCAGUAGAUGAUGCGGCGACGUCUCCUGAGUCGAUUGCCGAUUGGAUGCCUCAGACGCCUCGCGGGGAGGAGGAGGACAUGGUGACCUCGGCCAUCGACGAUGAGUCUGUCUCCGCGGACUUCAAGAUCCAGACUGAAUCAAGCCCUCACUUCUCGUCGGACCUGACGAGGCUCAUUCGCCCAGCGAUUCCGGUGCAAGCUCUUCUCAACACAUCCUCACCUCACACUCCACUAUACGACAGAAGCGGCUCGCCAGGAUCAAAGGCAUCCAGAUCUCAUGCGGCGGGUGAGGUUGACCAGGCGGCGACUCCCUGUGUGAGGCGAUCAUCUCAAGCUGAAAGUCCGUCCCCGGUCAAAGCUCCUUCUACGCCAGAUCACAAGACACGAAAGGUGCCCAGGGUAGCCACUCCGUAUCCUUGUGUUAGUGCCACUCCAGAAGUCAUGGAAGAUCCUUUAGCAGAGCCAGAGGUGGGCAAGGGCGAUGAUGUUAAAGUCUCUCUAGGCUCGAUCUCUGCUGAGAAUGGUCUGAUCCUAUGGAAUGAGGUCGCUGAGACUCGAUUCGAGGAAUCUAUCGGUGAUUCACAGGGAGAAGGCGACACGGAGAUGCAUAUCACUGCAUCGAAGGAUGAGGAUAUGACAGAAAAAGGGCGUUUGACCGAUCAAGAGGAACGUGAAAUCAAACGAGAGCGACUCGAUUCACUUGACAGAGAAGCUUCUCUUGCCAAAUUGCGUUCCUCAUCUCAAGCGGAGAAAAAGUCCAAGUUCAAGCAGAAACCUGCUUUGAAGCCAUUCGCGGUGUCUGGAACUUCGAAAAGUGCGAACAAUCAUUCACCGACCGGUCGAGCUCGAAGUGGCACGUCGAAGAAUCAAAGUGCCACAUUGACAGCAGGGAAGUCUCGGGGCCGCAAGCGAAAGCGGUCCACACUCAAAGCCUCUUCUCCUGGGGACUACCACCCAGUCGACGAUCUCGUGGAAGACGGCGCGGAGCCAUGCCUGCGCUCACCGACACCUACCGCCGGACCCUCCAAAACAAACAUGUUAUCUCGGGACCCCUCAGUCUCGGCUCUAUUUGAAGGCGUCUUCACCAAUCGAGAUGCUGAAGGAUCGCCUGACCCCAUCGCAGCUAUGGAGCCAGAGAUUACCCGGCCCGCUAUCCUCUCAGAUCAAUUCUACCAUGGACCGUGGGAGCGCACGCGAAGCAGUGUGAGCUCGAGGCAGAUUGAGACUCCGCCCAUGUUAAGGAGCUUCAAGAGGCGCAGGACUGCCACAGCACAGCCAUCAAUGAAGUCUGAGGUCACGAACCUUCCGCAAGAAGAAAAGUCUCGAGAUAUUCCCACGAUAGCCGCACAUCAGUCUGGCCGAGCGAAAACUAUCGCCUCACUGCGCGCUUUCGGCACAUCAGGUCGAGCUCAAGUGGCGCGUGAUAUAGUAGCACAUACCAGAGUCGGGUAUACGAAGGAUGAGGCGAGUACAUAUCCCCUUUGA